CAUAGCGGAGGGAAGGCGGUUGCUCGCCGGCCGCGUCUCGUGGGCGACUCCUCCUCCUCCUCCUCCUGCUUUCCCCCCCCCUCCACUUUCUUCGUUGUCGGCGCGAGCUGCUGAGUGGGGGGGCCAUGAGGAGGCGGCGGCUUCGAAAGGGGGCGGUGAUGGCCAUAGCUGCCGCCGCGGCUGCCCGGCACCUACCUCCGCCUCCUUUCCCCUCCUCAGCCCCAGACCGCGGGGCUCUGUGCGCCGGCCAGCCUUAGGAGGGCCGCGGCGUCCAUCCACCACCAGCAGCGGUGGGAGGCGGAGAGCGAGCUAGCGCCCCCGCCGCCGCCACCUUGUUUGUCCAGCUGCCGUCCUCGAUGUCUCCCCCGCCGGGGGGAGCUCACCCCACCCGCGCCCCUUCGGCCCUUAGAGGCCUCGUGGGAGCCCGGCCUCAGCCUCCCGUUUCCCGAGGCUGCUGCCCAAACCAGACACGACUCCCGAGGCGGCGGCCCAGCAACGACAGAACCGGCCUGGUCGUCUCCCCCGCGGCGACCAUGAAGGCGGAGGCGGGAGACCACAUGAUAAACCUGUCGGUCCAGCAGGUGCUGAGCCUAUGGGCUCACGGCACAUCGCUUCGGCAUCUCACGGAAAUGUGGUACUGGGUUUUCCUAUGGGCUCUCUUCUCUUCUCUCUUUGUCCACGGUGCUGCAGGAGUGUUAAUGUUUGUCAUGCUGCAAAGGCAUAGGCAAGGGAGAGUAAUCUCUGUCAUUGUGGUCAGCAUUGGAUUUCUGGGUUCUGUAACUGGAGCUAUGAUAACCAGUGCAGCAGUAGCUGGAAUUUACAGAGUGGCUGGGAAAAGCAUGGCUCCCAUGGAAGCACUGGUGUUUGGAGUUGGGCAGACUGUACUGACAAUAAUUAUUUCAUUUUCAAGGAUUCUUGCUACACUUUGAAUCUUCUUGCUACACUUUGAAUUUUUUACAAAAGUGCUGUGCAUAAAAGGAAGCAGUCGGCAGUGAAGCUUUCCAGAAAUGGCUUCAGUAGCUGAUGGAUUGGAAUUACCAGGGAAAUGCAUGGUAUGUGGACUGCAAACUAGAGGUUCUAUCCAUUUGAAAAAUGCUUUCCUCUAGAGUCCAAAAAUGACACCCUACUGCACUGUACCUAAUGUGCCUCUGUCAUAGGCAAGGUGUGACCCAUUAAGGAGAAGCUUGAGAUAAACCACCUUGUGAAGCUGCUAAUCAGUCAAACAGUUGGUGUUGUGAUCAUUGUUUGUGAUGGUAUUGAACAAAAUACAGGGGCAUUUCUGAAGAAUGAAUAAAUGUGCCAAAUGUGAAAUUGAUUAAAAAAAAGAUUUAUAAUGUGACCAUUUAGAUGUGUAGUAAUUGAAUGCUGCAGACAUAGUUUUAAAAAUUCAGCAGCUAGAUAUUUGCUUAUUAAUUGAAUCCCAUUCAGUACAGAAUAUUAGCAUGGCCGUGGGAACAAAACAAUUGUGAACUGAUAUUAUAUGUGAGCAGAUUCAGUAGCUGAAGCAAAGCUCUAAUAAGGAUGUGAAUGCUAUUGAUUCAAAAUGAGAGCAUUUUAUGAAGGGUUUUAUUAAGAUGCAUUGUAUUCACUAAAGCCAGUUUCAGUUAUUUAUUUUUAUACAUUUCAGACCUUAUAAUUUAUGGUACACGCUGUAGUCACACUACAGAUUUUGAAAAGUUGUAUAGGUCAAAUAAUACAAAAUGAAAUGUCUUUAAUGAAAUAAUCCAUUACAAAGCCAAUUUUAAUGUUCUCUAAAAUUAAGGAUUCGCUAAUAUCAUUAAGACCAGUGGAAACCAUAGGUUUUGAAAAACUCAUGUUUACCAGAUUAUACUGUGACAGAUACAAAGAAAAGAAAGAAAGAAAAACUUUUUUGUAUGUGAUUCAGAACAAAAUUAUUCUAGUAAACACUUAUAAUUUUUAAAACAGAACAGUUUAAUUUCCUUUUCAAUUUCCUAAUUUUUAUCCUAAAGGUGCUUUUCAAAAGGUAUCUGGACUUUCUUGGGGUUUUCAAGGAAAAAAGAAACCCAAGAAAGUCCAGUUGCCUUAUGAAAAGCACCUUCGGGACAGCCAUGAUCUGGAUAAUUGAGAAUCUCCAUAGAAUUUUCCCAAUUUUUAGAUAGCUUGGGAGCAAUUAUAUGUGACUUUUAUCAGCUUAGCUUUGAAUAGAUACAUUCUGUUUGUGUGCUUCAACAAAAGCAAUAGUGGUGUGACUGCAGCUGUCUUUAUUAUAAAAUGUUAUGAAAUGAAUACCAAGAACAGAAAGUACCUUAAUGGGCCAAUGUGAGUAUUAGGAAGAAGUGACUAAAUUGUAUUUUAUCCUGACUCAUAGGUCUCCUAUGCAGUCAAGCGUGCACUGCAUGUGCUGGUAUUUCAAAAAACUUUUGGAAGCAAGUACAAGUAACAAUGUCUGAAAAAUACACUGUUUUACCAUAGAAGCUUAGGUACUUUCAUUGCCCAACUGAUUCAUCAUUCAUUCAUGCUCCUUCCUUAAAAAGUGGGAUUUCUAGCUAGAAAUUGGAACAAACAACCCUGAUAUAUUAACAGUGGAAGUCUGUAUGUGUGUGUUUUUCUCCAUUAAGGAAGUACUGUGUGAAUUUAAUCUUAAAACUAAGAUUAAAGUAGGUAUUGUGCCUAUAUAUAAAUCUUUUUAAGAAAGAUUAAAAGACAGCCACAUUGUCAUGAUAAUAGAAUCAUACCCACAGCAAUAAUAAUUAGACAGUACAAUUCUUUGCUCCAGAGCUUUUCUAAAUGUUGUGGUAAAAAUCUCAAUUUAUAUUCAUAUGUAUUAAUAUAUUGAUUAUCAAGGUUUAUCUUGCUCUAAAAGAAUUUAAAAGAGAUUUAUUGUUUAUCUUUUUGUCAUUCUUAUAAUCGCAAUGGUAGGCAGGUCCAGCAAGAAUGAAUCAAUCUAUAUGGAACUACUUCGUCAUUUGACAGCAGAGCUCUCUCCGCAGUAGCCACAAAUAUAAAUUUUGUGCUCAUCCUGCACUCUGAAUCAAGGUCAUAAGGCAGUGGAAAUAGCAUUAAUACUGAGAAUUUAAUAAAAUAUAUUUUGUUGCAGCUAAUUUAAUGUUAAAUACCAAGGUACAUUUAUUUAUUUAUUUAUCUAUUUAUUUAUUUAUUUAUGUAUAUAUGUAUUUAUUUACUAAAUAGACAGUAGUAUAAAAUGAUUUCCGGGGCGGUAGUACCUUGAGUAUAUAUUAGAACUAAUUUUUUAGUUUCUCCCUUUUUCUGCUGUUCUGUGUCUAUUGAUGGAUUACUGCUUGGAAAUGUUGUAAUGGAUGUGGUAGGGAAGUUCCUAUUAAAAAGACAAUAACAAACACAAUUGAAGAAUAUUACCCCAAUUCAAGCCAUGAGGAUUUUUUAAAGAAAAUUAGUUCAGUUUGAGAAAGAUUAUUUCUUCAAUAUUUUAUCAUAAGAAUCCUGCAUCUUAAUUUCCAUAUUUUAUUGAGCACCAAACAUGGUAUAUGUAAUGCUGUUGUGUUUAUAUGUAAACUGGUUUAAUAUUUAGUGUUACUGUACAAAACUAAUGGUUUUACAAAACAAACGUUCUCAGGCCCCAGAACUAAAGACAGUUAUAUAGAUUGUAUUUGUAAAUUACUAAUUAUAAAGAUUUUAGGGCUAUAUGAAGAAAGAUUGUUAUGCUGGAAACUCAGAUGCUUCUUAUGUUUGUGAUUGCCUCAUCAGAUGAAACUACCAACAGUUUUCACAAAACAAAUUCUAUUGGUAUUAAAACUAGGCUGGGAAUAAUUUAUAUGAUAGAAAUGCACUUUUUGUUAAAAUACUGCAAUACAUUUAUUGUCCUCAGAAUAUGUUACAUAUUAUUGUAACAUUGCCAUCUAAAAAUGGAUCUACUGAGAAAAACAAGCAAAAUUACAACAGGAGGCAAUCAUAGAUAACCCCUAGUAAGAUUAAACUGAUGAAGUGUUUUGUAGAUAAAUCACUGUAUAUGAUUAUUAUUAUUAUUAUUAUUUUGUAUAAAAGAAUGGUGGAUAGAACUUCUUACUGUUCUUGUUUAGUAAUGGAUAUUUAAAUACACAUUUGAACAGACAAUAGAUACCAUUUAGUGAAGACAUCUCUGGCCUCCCAUGCCUUUGAACAGAAUACAUCAAACUUGUAUUUUAAAGUGACUGCAGUGAUAGUUAUUUAUUGCUUUUAAAAAUGGAUUUAUAUAUUAAAAACAGGAAUGAAGUAACCAAGGAAGUGUGUUUUAUAGCAAUAUUCUUUUAUAUUCAGUCUUGAAAAUAAUAUAUAAGGAAAAUGCUUAUAUACUAGGACAAAUUAUCUUCUAAAAAGGUUGAGUGUGUAUGAAUUCAUGUAAGUUUAUUUUAGAGUGCUGUAGUUCAGGGUGAAAUGUUUUUUGUAUGAGUGGUAUUAUAAUAUUUCCAGCUGCUAAAAUAAGUCAAAGAACUAUCUUUGAUGUUCUCCAAAAAUGUCUUUGGACAAUUGUUUCAACUUGGACCAAGCAUUCUUAAGAAAAAAAUGCAGUGUAACUUUUCAGCAGUACCAGUAUUUGAACAUGAACAGAGUUAUUAACAACAAUUGGAGAACAAUUGAAAAAUUCAUAGAAUUCAAAAUAAAACUCUUCCAGGCCUUCCUUUUUUAAAGUAAAUAACAUAGCUUAAGUUUAAAGAAAUAGUAUCUAAUGGCAUUCUAGAUAUUCUCUUUAAUAUUCCUUAGAUUAACAGGUUAAGUUGGUUUGUUUUAUAAACAUAUGGACCAAAGAGGUGAUUCAGUCUUUGUUGUAUUUAUUUGUAAUAUAGCAUUUUAAAUAUAUUUUUCUUGAGUAAUUUGAGGAAAGCAGCAGUGUUUCCUCUUUAGUUUGCACUUUGCUAUAUUUUGUUCCAGUAUGAUAAACUUAUUUCUACUUGAAGCUUGCAUAUUUUUGUUGUACUAUAGUAAAACCAAGCAAUCAGCUUUUGGUAUAAUUAAACGGAUUUUUAAAAUUAGUUAUGGUUGAAUUUUGUUAUCCAUUUAGGUGACUCCAUGUCUGUUUUCCCUCCCCACAAAUGGUUUAAAAUUAACAUUUUAAGACAUUAAUUUUGUAUAUGUUAUCAGAAUCUUGCAUCAUUGCAUAAAAUAUCCAGAGGGACCAAGCUUGUUUACUUCCGUAAAGGUUUUUUUAUCUCCAUUUUCUGGUAAAGUAAUGUGCCUCCAAGCCUCGCUUUUACUUUCAACUUGUGUUGCAAGGGUAAGGAUUAUAUAGAUUUCAUGAAUCCAUAGCUGGAUUUAAUUUAUGAUUUUGUUAGAGACAUGUGGGAGAGGAGUUUUUAAAGAGCAAAACAAUUGUGUUAAAGCCCACAAAACCUUAAUACAAAUUUCGUUUCUACUUUUGGGAAAAGAAGGAAAGUUAGCAAUUGCUCCUGAAUUUUAACAACACAAUUUGUGGCUGCUUUGGAGUAAGAAAACAGUAUUAGAGAUGACAAUUCAGCUAUGAAUUGAACUAUGAACUUCAGAUGCAAAUACAGUCAUAGAAAAUAAAAGUUGCUCAGUAUUUUUUAAAAAAUGUGUUUUUGUAGGGGGUCUGGCGAAAAUGUUUUUCUUUUUCAUUAAGAAUUAACUGAAAAGAAUAGGAUUAACAUAUGGGAAGGAGCUGUUUCUCCUUUUAUUAUAAAAUUUGGAGAUUAAAAUUGUAGAAACCAUUGAAGAUCCAGCAAAUUUCCCUCUCACAUACAAUUCAAAUUAGUACCUCAUAGAAUUACAGUAAAUGAGAGCAGGGCCUCAGUGCUUACACAAAUGUCUGGCCAGAUGAGUGAUAUUUUGCUUUUGAUUAAUGCCAUUUAAAGUUUAAGAUCUUCAGUUAAAAAAUUGAAAGUCAAAACCAGAAAAUUAUCCAUGAGAAGGCUACAACAUUAGAGUUUGCCUAGAUGUUUUUAGAUUUUUUUAAAAAAAAAUCUGUUUUGAAGAUGUUCUAGAUUACACGGUUAGUCAUUACAGAAAUAUUAAUUUAUUUCUCAGAAACAUUCCUUUCUUUGUAUAAGUGUAGGUACAUUUUCCAUUUUGUUUAUUUGCACAUUCAUACAAUGUACUCCUGGAAAAGAUAAGAAAACCUUGUAACUUGUUUUUGAGAGACACAGAUUAUCUUAAUAGCUUCAGAAGUUGUUGUUUGUGCACUAUAAUUUCUGCCACCUUUAUGUUUACAUAACUGCUUGUACAGUUUCUUAAAGCACAAAUAAUGGAAGAUUCUCUAGCCAACUGCAAGUUCUUUAUAGUGUAUGAUAGUAUGAAGAAAAUCUGUGAUCUGAAUUGUAACCUGGAAGAUUCCUGUUGGUAUUGCAUGGGAAUGAUAGUCCUCAACCCCUAUUAUAUAGGGUACUCUCUCCAGUCCUAUUUAACUCUACAUAAAGUGGUUGGGUGAGAUAAUCUGUUGCCGUAAUACGUACUCAGUUGUAUAUCUCCACCCUAAGCAAUGUACUAAGCAUUGCUGUUGAUGUUCUGUCUUGAUGCUUGGAGAUCGUGGGUCUGGAUGGGGAACAACAGACAUUAACUGAACUCUGGCAAUACUGACCAGUUUUGAGUCUUGGGGUUUUCCAAAUCUGGAGAUUUACCAUCUUUGGGGCACUGCCUCAGACAGACCCCGGGCACAAUGUCAGGGUCCUCCUGGAUUCACAAUUCCUGCCCAAAGAGCAUGUGGCAGUCAUGGCUAAGAGACCCUUUGUGCAACUUUGUAUUGUGUGCUAGUUGCAGCAGUUCCUUGAUCAGGAGGUUCCACUGUCAGUUACUCAUGGCAUGGUCACCUCCAGGAACAGUAUCUGAAAGCUUCAGCUUGUACAAAAUACAAUGGUGUGGCAGUUAUGUCUGCUCCUAGAAUGCUACACAUUACAUUUCUUGUCUGCAUUAGCUGCCAAUCUGUUUCCGGGUUCAACUCAAGAUUAAAACCCUAUAUGGCAUAUGGCUGGGUUCUGUAUACCUGUCCCAUCAAGGGCAGCAGGACCUAGGGAUCAAGCUUCUCCGCUGUGGGACCAAGCCUUUGGAACAUCAUUUCCUCUGAAGCUUCAGUUCUAUUGACCUUCCAGAAAUCCCUUGAAACCUGUUUUUGUCAGCAGACUUGGGGAUCCCAGGGAAAUAGGAGUCCUGCAAAAUGGCUACAUUGUUUGUAAGUUCUUGAAUAUGGUCUCCCAUUGUUUAUAUUUAAUGGUUUUUAUUGUGUAUGUUGCCCAGAGUUGUGUGUGAAAUGGGAAGCUAUAUAAAUUUUAUUAGGAAACAAAUAAAUCAUACAUACAUUCAUUCAUUCAACUUGGGUGCUGUCCAGAGCCAAUUGACUCCAGGUAAUUCAUAACAUAAAAACAAAGCAACAACAUACAGAAUACAGUACAAUACACAAUACAGAUAGUCCUUGAGUUACAACAGUGAUGGAGUCAUAAAGCACAACACGAUGUCAUUUCAUCAUUUAACAACAGCAAUCCUGGGAGUCCUCAUUGCCUUCAUUAACCAAAUUCCACUGGUCGUUUUCACUACAUGUCUAGACUUGGUGAGCAUCAUGAGAACUUUGUGGAGAGAUGUAAAAACUGGAAUGAAAUUAAAAAUGAUUCAUAUAAUUGAAUAGAGAAUGUGAUGGUAAAAUAGGACAGUAUCAAGAUAGUAUGAGCAUAGUUCAGGGCAUUGAUAGAUCUAGCCCUCAGAGUGAUCUAUUUAAUCGUGAUUAUAACUUAUGAUAGAGAACCAGUUUGGUGUAGUGUUGAAGGUAUCAGGCUAAAAACUGGGAGACUGAAUUCUGGUCCUGCCUUGAGCACAAAGCCAGCCAGAUGGCCUUGGGCUAGAGCUAGACACUCAGCGCUAGAAAAGAGGCAAUGGCAAACCACCUCUGGAAAACUGCAAGGACAUGUCCAGGCAGUCUCCAAGAAUCAGACACAAUUGAACAGAAGGGGAAAAAAUAGUUUAAGUUACAUUUCCUUUCUUUACAAAAGUUUAGAACCCAUUCAUUAUUACACAGAUUAGAUCAGAUCCAUAUGUGUUUAAGGGAAUCCCCCCCCCCCCGCUCAAGUAUCAGCCAAAGAGAGUGGUUCCAUGCAGAAACCUGGGCAAUCCUCUCAAACAUGGAAAGGUAGGGUUAGGGAUAGUAGAGAGUGGGAGGAUAAUAAUAAUAACUUUAUUGUCACUGUACGUAUAUACACAAUAUAAUCAUACAACAAAAUUCACUUAACAUCCAAAGACCAGGUCCAACACACAUAACAAUCCCCAAACACACCCCCACCCAUCACAAAUUCCCCACCCCUAAACCAGGAUAGUUGCAGUGGCAGCAACUCUCUCCGAAAGUCCUAAAAGCCCUAUUAAGGGAGACUGGAUAGAACCAUGCCCACUAUCUCCUAAUCAAUGCUUCUGAAAUUAUUUGUAAAUUGUCUUGUGGCCUAAAUUUGUGUAUUAUGUAAAAAUGUUCUUUUCUUAACUGUCAGUGAUCCAAUGACUCUGUAGCACAAUCAUAUUGUGUUCAAAGAACAAAUCUCGACAAAGGACCUGAUAAUCCAAUCCCAAACCCCACUAUCUGUUAGAUGUAUUCUUGUUUUAAAUGUUCUUCAUCAGUGAGGAAUAUCUUUGGUACAGAGGUAGAUUGCGAGUUCAAUUUUAAUAUAUCAGAUAAUCAACAUUAUGACUGCAGGAUAUCUGUUUAGGAACAGUUCAUCGUUUUUUAUACACAAAGACCAAGUAUAAAGCGAAGUCCUUUCCAUUUUGUGUGUGUGUGUGUGUAUGUGUUAAGUUACACUGUAUCUUAUGCACUGAUGCAAUAUGCAUUUUCCUUCAGGAAAGUGAUUUUUGUUUUUUAAUGUGAAGAAGUUGUGUACAAAAAGCUUUAAAUGGAGAUUGUCCGUUACUAAUACUUUAAUGUAAGGUGUUUCCAUUAUCUGUUCCAGCUAAAAGAAUUAAUGAAGUUAAAUUAAUCUCUUUUGCUUCUUCUGUUAAUGCUAUAAAGUGGAUAAUAAAAGGUAGUGUGUACUAUUUAGAAAUAUUUUAGUUUGUUUUUUCAACCCAGUUUUGUUGGGGGGUUUUCACCUUUGCUUAAAAGGUAUUUGAUCCAUUUCAGUGGAAAGAGUAGUAUUAAAAGUUUAAAUAUUGCAGUUGCCAAUGCAAACAUGCAACUAUGAACAAGAUAAUUUUUCUAUAUAAACUGACUUGAUUAUUCAAGAGUCCUGUGGUCAGUGGGAAUAUUUAUGCUCUAUAUUGAGCAAAGUUAAUGUGCUUAUUAAGCUCUAUGUUACUUAAUGCAUUAUACUGCAUGUUUUAUUAAUUAAUUUAGAUUGGAGGGAAAAGAUAAGACAUUUGUAUAUAAUAUGUAAAUAAUGUGUACCAUUUUCAUUUUAUAUAAACUGCUUUACAGUUUCUCAAAUUAUGUACAAAACCCACUGUAAAUUACUUGUACAAUAAAUGUUUUCAUUGAAAUAA